AUGAAAUCCUUUACGUAUGAUGGAGGAAUGAAUGAAGGGAUAAGAAUUCCAGAAGGUACAGAGCGGCUCAUCAUCGCUUCAUCCGUCACAAUACUCCCCAUGACCAUAUGCCAAAACUGUGCCGAUACUUUGCAAGAGAUUGUUUUCCCACCGGAAGGAGAGUGCAACCUUCGUCAGAUUGAUGGCUUCUGGUUAGAAGCCAAGAAUAAGGGCUUCAGCAGUCGAAGUCGACAAAUGGCCGUGGGACGCUGUACAGCCGUAAAGACAUUGCGUAUUCCGUCCUCUGUAGAAAUCAUUGGCGACCAUGCCUUUUAUCUUUGGACAGGCUUGGUGGAGGUACAUCUUUCCGAAGGCUUGAAAGCGAUCGGAGCGAAUGCGUUGGGUAUUUGUUCGUCCCUGUCCAAGAUUAGGAUUCCUUCAACCGUCGAGACCAUUGGUAACCUCGCUUUUGGCAAUUGCAUCAAGUUGGAAGAAGUAAUCUUCGCCGCUGAAAGUAAGCUGAAGAAAAUUGAUAAGUUGGUAUUUUCUUGCUGCACUUGGUUAUCAGAUAUCAACCUCCCGCCAACAGUCAAAGAAAUUGGGUCCGAAGCCUUCCAUGAAUGCAAACAUUUGGAAUCUAUCGAACUUCCCAAGCAACUCACAAUCAUCGGAAGUGCCGUGUUUCAAAGAUGCACAAGGCUACGAGAAGUAAAGCUACACGAUGAAAUCAAGCAAAUUGGGCCCGCAGCUUUCAACGAAUGUAAAAGCCUGAAAUCAAUCGACCUUUCCAAGCAACUCGUAUUCAUCGGAUUGGCUGCGUUUGAAGGGUGCCUAAGUCUGAAAUUGGUGCAGCUACACGAAGGAUUGAUCAUAAUGGAAGACUAUGUGUUUUCUGAUUGUCGUGCACUAUUGAGAAUUGCGAUCCCUUCCACAUUGGCAAGACUCGGAGAAUUUGCUUUCGCUGGCUGCUCCGAGUUGGUGGAAAUUAUUCUGCCACCUGGACGAUUGAAAUGCAUACAAAAACAGACAUUUUCCGAUUGCGACGAAUUGCAAUCGAUUUCCAUUCCGUCGACGAUCGAGAUUAUCGAAGAGGGCGCAUUCACAAAUUGCAAUCUGAAAUCGAUCGAGUUGCACCCGGGCGCUGAAAUCGACAUUGAAGCUUACUCGUUUGGUCGUAAUGCCCAGCUUUGCAAUAUUUCGUCGGAGGACAAUCCUAAUGCAAAGAUCAGUGAAAGCGCACUUCUUCACGACGAUGCAGAUGGUGACGAGGACGAGUCAGACUUCGAGGACGACCCAAAGUUUUGGUCAAUCCGGUAUCGUGGAUAUCCUGUUCAUAAUUUGUGCUAUCAUGCAUCUACCACCACGGUUCUUCAACUGCGUAGGGCUGUGGACCUUUGGAAGUCUUCAUUUCGUCCUGAUAAUGGACCCGGUGCCCAGAUUGAAGAUCGUGCUGUAGACAAAUAUGGCAUGACUCCAUUCCAUAUUCUGCUCUCUGCUGCCAAACGAAGAAAAGAUUUGCUCGAUGUUUUGUUGGAGGAAUAUCCAUUGUAUAUGCUUGGAUGGAAAGACAGAUGGGGUAAUCGGCCGUCAGAUGGCCUGCUUGGGAACUGGAAUGGAGAGGCCAAGGAUAUGACCAAGAUGGUUGUACAGAAAUGGAUGAUUGAUGGGAUGGCAUCCUGGGGCUUGCCAGCGUGGAAAGACAAUAUAUCGAGAAGGCUGAGCAAUUUAUUGGAAGCUGAAGAAUUGUCAUGGAAGCUUCCAAUCUUAAAUGGAUUAUGCGAUCAAUUUUCAUAUUUCGAAAGAGUGGAAGCUACGUCAUUGCUGGAACUGUGGUUGUGGAAAAUGGAUUUACGAUCUAGUCGAAAAGAAGUCAAACGCAUUCUCUUGGAUCGAGACAGCAGUCGGAAUCGAUGUGGCUCCUACUUUGUAAUCCCAAUGGUCGUAUCAUUUCUACCAAAUGUAGAAGAGGUCACUGACGAAGAGAGUGGCAAAAAUGACGACGAUGACCUCCUCAACGAAAGCCAAGAGGACUUUUCCGAUGAUGCAAGUGACGUUCCGGAAGGCUUGUAUUAUGCAAAGAGCAAACGUUUUGGGUUCUUCCCGUCAAGCUCAGAUAACUCAUCUGCUGCUGGUGACAAUAUCGGUGAUUGA